AUGUGAAAGUCAACUUAACUAAAGAUAUGUCUAAUGCAUCUCUGUGACAAUGUAGGGGUUGUUUGAUGCCUUCAGAACAGUCAUCCCAAAUGCUGAAACAAGGUUCUGUUGUAGGCAUAUAUGGGCCAACUUCAAACUUAAAUUCCCAGGGGAGGUUUACAAGGAGUUCUUUUGGAAGGCAGCAAGGUCAUCAACCAAAGCAUGGUUUUAGUCCUAGGGCCAAGUCAGGAAUGCUGUUGAAUAAUUGUUGUGAAAGCUUCAACAAUGUGUUGAAGGAUGCAAGGACAAAACCUAUCUUGUCUCUGAUGGAAUGGAUCAGGAGAUAUGUGAUGAUGAGAUGCUGUGCAAAGAGACAAGGCUUGAAAAACUUUGAGGGUACAAUCAUGCCUUCAGUUGUGAAGAUGAUAGAAAGGGGGCAGAAGGAAAUAUACAACAUGAGGCUGAUACAAGCAGAUUUGCAUGUUUUUGAGGUUCAACAUGGUGGAGACUGUUUUGUGGUGAAUCUGGAGAACAAAUCCCGUGGUUGCUACAGGUGGACAUUGAUGGGGAUCCCUUGUUGGCAUGCCUUGGCUUGUUUAUCCCAAAGGAGACUUGAUUAUGAAGAUUAUGUUCAUCAAGCCUAUCAUGUUGCAACUUAUGCCAAAACUUAUGCACCCAAAUUCAAUGCAAUGCCUGGACAAAAUCAAUGGGAAGUAACACCAUAUCCACAACCUCUCCCCCCAUCUUAUAAGAUUAUGCCUGGUAGGCCAUCAAAGAGGAAGAGAAGAAAGGAGCUAGGGGAAGGAAAGAAGGGGAAGGAAAGAAGGGGAAGGGAAGCAGUUGGGUGA